AUGAGAAACAUUGUUUUUAGCGAGCCAGAGAUUUACGAGAACUAUGAUCCAGUGAGACGUCUCAAUAAGAUGUGGGACUCUAUACGGGUUCCAAUUAUCGUCCCCCUUUUGCGCUUUGCGGUUUAUCUAUGUCUGGUCAUGUCAAUCAUGCUUUUCCUCGAAAGGGUCUACAUGGCAAUUGUAAUUGUCUUCGUCAAACUCCUGGGAAAGAAAAGGUACACCAAGUACCAGCUAGACGCCAUAAAGGAAGACCUCGAGAUGAAUAGGAACUACCCCAAGGUGUUGGUUCAGAUCCCUAUGUUUAACGAGAAGGAGUGCACGGCGAAAUUCUUAAAUAAGAACAUGGGGCAACAGAAGCUAAUAAAUAGGUACGUGACAAAAGCGGCAACCAAGGUUUAUAAACUAUCAAUUGGAGCUGUAUGUGGGCUAUCAUGGCCAUCAGAUCGGCUCAUCGUGCAGGUUCUUGAUGACUCCACCAAUGAAGAACUAAGGCGAUUGGUGGAAUUAGAAUGCCGCAAAUGGACAGAAAAAGGAGUUAAUGUCAAGUACGAGACCAGAAACAACAGGAACGGGUACAAGGCUGGUGCACUUAAAGAAGGCCUAAGGAAGGACUACGUUAACAAUUGUGAAUUUGUUGUGAUAUUUGAUGCCGAUUUUCAGCCAGACGAUGAUUUCCUGUGGAGGACUAUCCCAUACCUACUCGAGAACCCAGAGUUGGCCUUGGUUCAGGCAAGGUGGAAAUUUGUGAAUGCCGAUGAAUGCUUGAUGACUCGACUUCAGGAGAUGUCACUAAGCUAUCACUUCAGUGUGGAGCAGGAAGUUGGCUCCUCCACUUGCUCGUUCUUCGGCUUCAAUGGAACUGCCGGCGUCUGGCGUAUCAAAGCACUGCAUGACGCUGGCGGCUGGAAGGACAGAACCACAGUGGAGGAUAUGGACUUGGCAGUUAGGGCUAGCCUCAAGGGCUGGAAAUUCCUUUUUGUUGGUGACUUAUCGGUGAAAAAUGAGCUCCCGAGCACAUUCAAAGCAUACCGAUACCAACAGCACCGCUGGUCAUGCGGGCCCGCUAACCUCUUCCGAAAAAUGUUCAAAGAAAUCAUCAUGUGUGAGCGUGUUUCACUAUGGAAGAAAUGGCAUGUAAUAUACGCUUUCUUUUUAGUGAGGAAGAUUGUAGCACACUGGGUUACCUUCUUCUUUUAUUGCAUAAUAAUCCCAGCUACAAUCUUGGUCCCAGAGGUCAAUCUUCCAAGACCAUUAGCUAUAUAUCUUCCCGCGUCUAUGCAUCUGCUUGUCAUCUGGAUACUGUUUGAGAAUGUCAUGUCUCUACAUAGAUCAAAGGCAGCAAUCAUAGGACUCCUCGAAGCCAAUCGAGUAAAUGAAUGGGUUGUAACCGAGAAAUUGGGAAACACGAUGAAGCAAAAGAACAAUUCAAAAUCAUCCAAGAAGCCUCGAUCGCGCAUCAGAGAGAGGGUUCACAUCUUGGAGAUUCUAGUAGGGAUGUACUUGCUUCAUUGUGCGAUCUACAAUAUGCUAUUCGGACACAACCACUUUUUCGUUUACCUAUUACUACAGGCAGGAGCUUUCUUCCUCAUUGGAGUUGGACUGCAGAAUCAUGGUAGAACAGAGUUAGGGAGACAAUUUACAUUGCCCAUUUCUGAGGCUUUACAUGCCUAA